UGUGGGGACUCUCCCUGGAGUCAGCGCAGCCAGGGAGGAGGCCCUGCACACUCCGGGGGCUGCUGUGAUGGGGGUUCCUCUGCCUUUGACUAGCCUUUGUCUUCUGCUCUGCCAGUGCCGUGAGGUAUGGAGGGUGUUCUGGGAGACGCAGUAGGUGCCCGUGCUGUCCAGGUCACUCUGAGCCCUCUUCGAAGCCCUGAGGACGCUUCCCUCCACCCGGUGUCAGGCCAGGCUCACACCGGGCCCUAGAGCUCCUCAGUGGCCGGAGUUUCCGCUCGUGCCACUCUGGCCCCAGGCGCUCCUCCUCUACCUCACCCUGUUGAUCACUGGAGAGGACAGCUUCACCUCCCCUCGGCAUUCGCUUUGUCCAGUCGUUGAACCUGUCUAUUCUGAGAAGCUGCUUCCCAGGGGGAGGGCAGAAGAGGGUGAGUGUUGGGGGUCAGCCUAACAAUCAAAGCUUAUGCUCAGCCCCCCCUCCCCCCAGCUCCUAGACAAUGAGCUUCCAGGUGACAGGCCUGGGCCUGGACAAGAUGAAGCUGGACUGUCCGCAGUCCUUCCUGGACAUGGAGGAGGCGGAGGAGGUGGAGGAGCAGCAGCUACUGGAGCCAGAAGCAUGGAGGACCUACAUGGCGCGGCGCAAUGUGCUGCGCGAGUUCCUGACCACAGACCUGAGCCCCCACCUGCUCAAGCGCCACCAUGCCCGCAUGCAGCUGCUCAAGAAGUGUUCCUACUACAUUGAGAUCCUCCCCAAGCACCUGGCCCUGGGCGACCAGAACCCGCUGCUGCUGCCCAGCGCCAUGGUCCAGCUCAUCGACCCCUGGAAGUUUCAGCGCAUGAAGAAGGUGGGCACGGCACAGACCAAGAUCCAGCUCCUCCUGCUGGGGCACCUGCUGGAGCAGCUGGACCGGGGUCACGCGGAGCUGGAUGCGCUGCUCGAGUCGCCUGACCCACGGCCCUUCCUGGCCGGCUGGGGGCUGGUGGAACAGCAGUUGGCAGACUUGUCUGCGGUCAUGGACAACUUCCUGGCCAUGAUGGUGCCCGGACGCCUGCAUAUCAAGCACCGCCUGGUGUCCGACAUCGGGGCCACCAAGAUCCCGCACAUCCGGCUCAUGCUGAGCACCAAGAUGCCCGUCAUGUUUGACCGGAAGGAGUCAGUGGCCCAUCAGGAUUGGGUCAGCCUGCGCUGGUUUGUCACCGUCCAGCCAGCAGCACCGGAGCAGUUUGAGCUGCGCUUCAAGCUGCUGGAGCCACGGACACAGCAGGAGUGCGCGCAGUGCGGCCUGGUCCCCGUCGCCGCCUGCACCUUCGACGUCCACAACCUGCUGCCCAACCGCACCUAUAAGUUCACCAUCAAGAGGGCCGAGAGCUACACGCUGGUGUACGAGCCCUGGAGGGACAGCCUCACUCUGCAGACCUUGCCCGGGCCUCGCAGGGCCCCGCCCGGUCACGGCCUCGCCCUGCAGACCUCCCCGGAGUCCCGAGGGGCCACGCCCAGUCACAGUCUCGCCCUGCCAUCCUCACCGGGCCCCCCCGGGGCUGGGCACACCCAGCCGCCCCUGACUGCACCCUCCGAGAGAUGA